UGACGUAUAACUGCAGUGGGGAGAAUGACGUGAAAUCGAAAGUGAAAGAAUCCAUAAGUCUGAUCAAAGCAGCUCGACUUGUGGCGAGUUUACAUUUCCUGUUUUAUGCAAAUAUGUUGAUUUAUUAAUAAUAUAAGCAAUGGGAGACAUAUAUUAAGUUUGUUUUUUAUAUUUUGAAUGCAUUUGUGUAUUAGGAAGCAUUCUACGCGCAGUUGCGCUGCGAUCUGCAAUCAGAUAGCCCAGUGAAGAUGGCGACGGGACCUGAACCACCGCCUGAUAUGUCAGCAGGUCCAGAUGAUCCAGUGAUCCAGAUUAUUCUGAUGGGCAGAAAGGGUUCUGGGAAAAGCUCAUCUGGAAACACGAUACUGGGAGAAAGAAAGUAACCCAGAUUGGAGAGAAGCAGGUGCAUGUGAUUGAUUGUCCAGAUCUACUGGAUCCAGAUCUGAAUAAAGACAAGCUGGAGAAACUGAAAGAGCAGCUGGUCUCUCAAUGUUCAGCAGGUCUCAGUUCUGAUCACUGUUCCUUUAGAGGAACCUUUGGAAAAAGAGGAAGAGAUCCUGGAUUAUAUUAAGUGGUUAUUAGGUCCUGAAGUUCAGAAGUACAUCAUGAUUCUGUUCACACAUGGAGAUGAGCUGGAGGAGCUGGAGGAGACCAUUGAUGAACAUCUACAAAACCAUGAAGAUCUUCAGCGACUGGUGACUGAAUGUGGAGGAAAGUUUCACUGUUUCGAAAACAAGAGUAAAUCACAAGAUCAGGUACAAGAACUACUGCAGAAGAUUGAAGGAACGAUGAUGGAGAACGGAGGGAAAUUUACCAUGGAACAAAUGAGGAGGAGCGACAGCAAGAACACUAUUGUCAAUUUUUCAGGGGACAGUUCAACUUAUGAAUGUUCACCUGAGCAUCCGAAAGACCAGAUCAGACUGGUUCUGCUGGGAAAAACUGGAUCUGGGAAAAGUGCCACUGCAAACACCAUCAUCGGCAGAAACAUGUUUGAUUCUUCAUCCAGUUCCAGCUCUCAGACUAAAGAGUGUCAGUCAGAAGCUACAGUGAGGAAGGGUAAAGAGAUCUCAGUCAUCGACACUCCUGGACUUUAUGAUACUGAACUCAGUAAUGAAGAAGUUAUGAAAGAAAUAGUUAAAUCCAUAACAUUCGCAUCUCCAGGACCACAUGCUUUUAUUUUUGUGAUUAAAGUGGAUCGAUUUACUGAGGAGGAGAAAAAUACAGUAAAGGAGCUCAAAGAAGUGUUUGGAGAACAGAUGGAAAAAUACACUGUAGUCCUCUUCACUCACAAAGAUCAGUUAGAGAAGAAAAAUAUAACCAUUGAGCAGUUUCUAGAAAACGGUAAUCCAGAUCUGAAAGAAUUUGUAGACAGUUGUGGAAAUCGAUUCUUCUGUCUGAACAAUGAGUCUGCUAGUUCCUCACAGUUCAAAGAUCUGAUCAGUAAAAUAGAGAAGAUGGUGACAGAAAAUGGAGGGACACACUUCACCAAUGACAUGUUUGAAGAAACAGAGAAAGACAUUCAGGAGAUUCAGAAGCAGAAACUGGAUGAAAAAGUGAAGCGGUUCAAACAGGAGAACAAACAAGUCACUCAAUCAGAAUGGCAGAAAAUAUACUGGAGGUUAGUAGAGGAGUCAAAACAUGAAGCGCAGCUAUCUUUUUUGGAAUUUGUUUAUGAAGCUCUUGAAGCUUAUCCUUUUCUGACUGUACUGAGAAGUGAAGAGGAAAAGCUUGCAGUAAAGGAGGCACAGAGCAAAGGAAUCAGUCGUAGAAAGGCUAAAACACUUGCAGCCAAAGCCACAAUGAAACUUGCAGGUCAGAACACGUGUAGCAUUCAGUGAGUGAGUUAAUAAUGAGCCCUUGACAGUAAGAUACCGACAAGCUCCUUCGACUGAACUCAAAACAUUUGUUUUUCUUACUAAUGAUUUACUUUCUUGUUGAUUAUAUUGAGACUAUCUUUGAAAGGGAUGAAAGUCAAUGAAUAAUAAUAAUAAUUAAUAUAAUUAAUUAAUUAAUUAUGCAUCUUUAUUUUCAUCUUUUGCUUAUAGAAGCUUAUGUGUUUCAAUCUGUGAUAUCAUGCACUAGUCUCCAAUACAGCAAUGCACUGCAUGAACUGCAAGUGAUAUUGAACAACUUUAAGAAUUGUGUGGCAUUAAUCUGAAAGCAGGACUGAAUCUAUUAUUCUCACUCAGUCACUGCUGUGAUGCUUUAUUAAUCUUCUUGUACACUAUGAAUAUGGCUGACUCUGUGACAAAUUCAUAGUGAUGUUCUUUAUUUGAAAGUCACUCUGGAUAAAAGCAUCUACUCAGUGCAUAAAUGUAAAUCUGCUCAGACAAUGUUUGAUUAUAUCAGUAUCCAGCGUGAGUAACUUUUAUUUGAGGUAUCAGUUAAGUUGUAAACAGAUCUGUUUCAUGCCGUGUGAAAGUGUCUUCUGAUGAGUCGUGAUCAAUCUGGUUUAAAUUCAGUUAGUAAACAUGAAUGUGUCAUAUUGUGAUGCAGUUUUAUUGAGAGGCUGUUAAUGAUGGAUCUGAAUCAAACUGAUACCAGUGUGAAUGCAGUUCUGGUUCACUUCAGUUUCCUUCCAGUCCAUGUGAGAAUCAAACAGCUGCUGAAGUGAGUCAAUCAUCUGAAACAGCUUCAAUUUGAGAUGAUUCAAUUCAUCUACAUCAAUGUGAUCAUGUGAUCAACCGGAGAUUAUUAUUGACAGAAUAAAGUUUAU